CUGUGAGGGAGGCUGAUUCUAAACUUAGUCGAUUAUCCUUAUGCUACUAAUAAACAUAAAAUGCCUAAUCAUGAACAAAUUAUGAUUAUUCAUGCCAUUAUAAGAAUGGCCUUGUUUUCAUCUCAUCUAUCUCAUCUAUCUCAUCCAUCUCCUCCACCUCCUGUAGCACCUCCAACAACUGCAGGAUGUGCUAAAUUCGUAUGAAAAUCUGACUGGGAACUAUAUUCUCCAUCCAAAGAUACACCAUGCUCCUUAACCUUAACCUUCUUUAACUUCUUGUCCUCCUUAUUCAUCUUAGUCUUAGUUGUCGUCUUACUUUUCAACGAGGCAUUGAACUUUAUGCCUUUCUUCGCUUUUAAUGCAUAUUCUGAAAAACUUCCUGUAUCAAUUUGCAGAAAUGUCGGCAAGUCACCAUCAAACUCCUGAGACUUCUUGAGCACUUCUUCAACCUGGGCUAUAAUUGAGGGGAUAACAAUUAGUAGCAGACAGAGCCGGAGAGGUAAUAUUUUCAUCAAAACCAUUUUUGUUUAGCGACUUUUAUGA